CAAUUUUUUAAUGCUCAAGUGAUUUUUUAUCUAGUCAAUUUUGAAGCAUCAUACUGAGUAGUAUAUAUAUUCAUACAUACAGUGCAUUGCAUUGAACUGCCCGAUCUCGACUCCACCGCCCGCCAAAUUGAAUCCACUGAGGUUCCAACUGAAAGCCCCGCCAGCUCCGGCAUCCUCUGAUUCGUUCCGUUCCUUUGCUCUGAGCCAGGAAAUUUAAUUGCCCGCAUUCGCACAACGACCCGAACCCCUCCCCCUCCUUGUCUUCCUCUUCAUCGCCGUGUUUGCGUGAGUCACUCGGUGGUCAAGAUACUAUUCCGUCAGUUAGUGGCGCGAGUGGCGCCUCGGAGAAUCCCUCCUCCCUUCUUGUCUUCACGACCUUUUUCCAGAAUGGCCCAACCUUCUGCCCCCCAGAACCCGACUGGUGAGCCUAAAGCUCCCGUCGCCGACGUCCCUCCGCAGGCCGACGAACAGUUGAGAAACCAGGAUGCCGCUGCUGCCUCCAAGCCUGUCGAAGGACAGGACCCAUCUGCACCCCCCAAGGUGAAGAGCGAGAAGGAAUUGGAGCGCGAGCGCCGUAAGGCCGAGAAAGCCAAGAAGUUCGCAGAGAAACAGGCUAAGGCCGCGGCUAAGCCUGCUGCGCCCAAGGCUGAGAAGAAGGCCAAGAUCGAGAAGGAGAAGACCACAGACGCCUACGAUCCCAAGGUGAUCGAGGAAGGCCGCUAUGAAUGGUGGGAAGAGCGUGGCCUCUUCUUGCCCGAAUUCGGCCCUGAUGGCAAGGUCAAGCCGGAAGGCUACUUCGUCAUUCCGAUCCCUCCCCCUAAUGUGACCGGUGCUCUUCACAUGGGCCACGCUCUUACCAAUGCACUCCAGGAUACCAUGAUCCGCUGGCAGCGUAUGAAGGGCAAGACCACUCUGUGGCUGCCAGGUAUGGACCAUGCGGGUAUCUCUACCCAGAGCGUGGUUGAGAAGAUGCUUUGGAAGCUGGAGAAGAAGACCCGUCAUGACCUCGGCCGUGAGGCAAUGGUCGAGCGCGUCUGGGCCUGGAAGGAUCAGUACCACGCCAACAUCAAGAACGCGCUGCGGAGAGUCGGAGGCUCCUUCGACUGGACUCGUGAGGCCUUCACAAUGGACCCCAACCUAUCCGCAGCUGUCACAGAAACUUUUGUCCGUCUUCAUGAAGAAGGUAUCAUUUACCGUGCCAACCGGCUGGUCAACUGGUGUGUGGCCAUGAACACCUCCCUCUCCAACCUUGAGGUUGAGAACAAGGAGGUCGAGGGCCGUACCCUUCUCGAUGUUCCCGGCUACGAAAAGAAGGUCGAGUUUGGUGUUUUGACCCACUUCUGCUACGAAAUCGAUGGCCUCGACGAACGGAUUCAGAUCGCCACUACUCGUCCCGAGACCAUGAUCGGUGAUAGCGGUAUCGCUGUCCACCCUGAUGAUAAGCGCUACCAGCACUUGAUCGGCAAGUUCGCCCGCCACCCCUUCGUGGAUCGCUUGAUGCCUAUUGUCGCCGACACGGAUGUCGAUCCUGAAUUCGGUACCGGAGCUGUCAAGAUCACCCCCGCUCACGAUUUCAACGAUUUCAACCGCGGAAAGGCACACAAUCUCGAGUUCAUCUCUGUCUUGAACGAUGACGGUACCUUCAACAGCAAGGGUGGUCCUUUUGCCGGAAUGAAGCGCUUUGACGCCCGCUACAAGGUCAUCGAGAUGCUCAAAGAGAAAGGACUUUAUGUCAAGUGGGAGCACAACCCCAUGAAGAUUCCUCGUUGCGCCAAGUCCAACGAUGUCAUCGAGCCUAUCCUCAAGCCUCAGUGGUGGAUGAAGAUGAAGGAUCUCGCCGAACCUGCCAUCAAGGCCGUUGAAAGCGGUGAGAUCAUCAUCAGACCGGAAUCCGCUGAGAAGAGCUAUUUCCGCUGGUUGAACAACAUCAACGAUUGGUGUCUGUCCAGACAGCUUUGGUGGGGUCACCAGGCUCCCGCCUACUUCGUGAAGAUUGACGGCGAGGAAGGUGAUGAUAGUGAUGAGAACCUUUGGGUCACUGGUCGCACGGAAGAGGCGGCUCGGGAGAAGGCGGCGGCUAAAUUCCCCGGUAAGAGCUUCACUUUGGUGAGAGAUCCCGAUGUUCUUGAUACUUGGUUCUCCUCCGGAUUAUGGCCGUUCUCUACCCUGGGCUGGCCCCGUCAGACACAUGAUUUGGAGCAUUUGUACCCGACCUCCGUUCUGGAGACCGGUUGGGAUAUUCUCUUCUUCUGGGUGGCUCGAAUGAUCAUGCUGGGUCUCAAGAUGACCGGCAAGGUUCCUUUCAAGGAGGUGUACUGCCACUCCUUGAUUAGAGACUCUGAGGGUCGCAAGAUGUCUAAGUCUCUGGGCAAUGUCAUUGAUCCUCUCGACGUUAUGGAAGGUAUCAAGCUGGAUGACCUUCAUGCCAAAUUGCUCACCGGAAACCUUGCCGACAAGGAGGUGGCCACUGCUACCAAGUACCAGAAGAAGGCUUUCCCCAAGGGUAUUCCUGAGUGCGGUGCUGAUGCCCUGCGUUUCGCCCUUGUGUCCUACACUACUGGCGGUGGUGAUAUUGCCUUCGAUAUCCAGGUCAUCCAUGGUUAUCGUCGAUUCUGUAACAAGAUCUACCAAGCCACGAAGUUUGUGCUUGGCAAGUUGGGCGAUGACUUUAAGCCCCGGCCGACCCCUACAAAGACUGGCAAAGAGUCCCUCGCGGAACGCUGGAUCUUGCACAAGUUUAACGCUGCUGCUAAGGAGAUGAAUGAGGCUCUUGAGCAGCGUGAAUUCUCUGCUUCGGCAUCCCUCGCUUACCAAUACUGGUACGGCCAACUUUGUGACGUUUUCAUUGAGAACUCCAAGUUCCUGCUUGCGCCCGAAGUCCCGGCUGAAGUGCAGCAGUCGGCCAAGGAGACGCUCUACACCGCUCUUGAGGGGGCUUUGACUUUGAUCCACCCAAUGAUGCCCUUCGUCACUGAGCACCUGUGGCAGCGCCUGCCUCGUCGUCCCGAAGAUAGCACAAUUUCGAUCAUGAAGGCCAAGUACCCCGAGUAUAGACCUGAGUUCGAGGAUCCCGAGGCUGAGACUGCCUAUGAACUGAUCCUGAAUGCCUCGAAGUCUAUCCGGUCGACCCUGGCCCAGUAUGAGAUCAAGACCAAGGGCGACAUUAUCAUCCAGACCUACGAUGCCACCAGCUACAAGACCGUCUCGGAUGAGCUUACUAGCAUCAAGUCCCUGGGUGGCAAGACCCUGGGUGAGCUUAGCGUGCUCGGCCCGGAGAAUACCAAUCCCCCUUCAGGCUGUGUGGUCGCUCCCGUGAGCUCUGAAGCUGCUGUCUAUCUCCGUGUUUCCAAGGAAGUUGCCUUGGAGCAGGAAGAGAAGGCCAAGGCUAGUCUCGAAAAGGCACGUGAGACUGUGCGUCGCCAGCAGAAGCUCAUCAGCGGUGCGGGAUGGCAGGAGAAGGCUAAGCCUGAAGUGCGCGAGGCUGAAGAAAAGAAAAUGCGUGAUGCUGAGAGUGAAAUGACUCGUCUAGAGGAACAGAUCCUGCGACCAACGAUGACUGUUCUGUUCAAGUCACCAUGCUUACAAGAAAAUCUCUAUCGCUUCAGAAAACCGAAGAAUGCGCGCACAGCGCGCAUCCUGAAGGCUAAAGAACCUCAGCUCAUCGAACCUCCUAAGCGCACGCUGUUGUUGCACGGCUCAAAAUGUCCGCAAGCUUUACACACUGUUCUGAAGACCUUCCAUUCCUUGACAAGACCGGAUUCAGUCCUAUUCCACAAGAAGAACGAGAACAUUCACCCGUUUGAGAGCGUCGAAAGUCUCGAAUUUCUGGCCAACAAGAACGAAUGUGGUCUUGUGGUGUUCGGUAGCAGCAACAAGAAACGACCCAACUGUGUCACCAUGGCACGUGUAUUCGAUUCCAAGAUCCUUGACAUGUGCGAAUUGAUGCUACUGCCGCACCCCGACGCUGAGCAACACACUGAUCUGGCCAUGCAUAUCGGCAUCGGAUUACGGCCCAUGAUCCUCUUCUCAGGCAGUGCUUGGGAAGACUCAACCUCGAUGGCCCACGUCAUGCUGAAGAGUAUGUUCUUGGACCUGUUCAAGGGUGAGACGAGUGAUAAGAUUGACGUGGAGGGGCUCCAAUAUAUCUUGAUGAUCGGUGCCGAGGAACCUACUGAAGGGUUGGCUCCUGUUGUUCACUUGCGGUGGUACAAGCUCCGGACGAAGCGCAGUGGCCACAAGCUUCCGCGCGUGGAGCUGGAGGAGAUUGGGCCUAAGUUUGACUUCAAGGUUGGACGUCUGCAGGAGGCUCCUCGGGACGCGAUGAAGGAGGCCAUGAAGCAAGGCAAGAGGCCCAACGAGGAGAUCAAGAUGAAGAAGAACAUCAGCAUGGAUUCAAUUGGUGACAAGAUCGGUCGUGUCCACCUGGGCAAGCAGGACCUCAGCGGCUUGCAGACUCGGAAAAUGAAGGGACUGAAGCGUCGCGCAGGUGUGGAGUCGGAUGACGAUGAGGAUCAGGACAUGAUGGACGUGGAUGAGAUCUCGGAGGAUGAAGGACGCAAGAGAGCUAAGACGGCAUGA